UGUCGACCUCUUGUUGUUGCAGUGGGACGUUUUUCUGGUUACUCAAAACAGCUUCCUGGAGGUUGACGUGGAUGUUGAUGAUGGCAGAGACUAAAGCAGAGCUGUCAAUUGAUGCUUCAAACCUUCACACCUCUAACAGCAGCGGGAAUGCGUCCUCACAGCCCAACAACCCUCUAUCCAGAAAACUCAACAAGAUCCUGGAGACCAGGCUGGAUAAUGACAAGGAGAUGCUGGAAGCGUUGAAAUCUCUCUCUGUGUUUUUCACUGAGAACAGUCUGAGAACCAGGAGGAACCUCAGAGGAGACAUAGAGAGACGCAGCCUUUCCAUAAAUGAAGAGUUUGUACGGAUAUUUAAAGAAGUGAAGGAGGAACUAGAGAGCGUUCAUGAAGAUGUUCAGGCCAUGAGCUCCUGCUGUGAAGAAAUGACCAACAGGUUGAAGGCAGCCAAAGAACAAACCCAGGAUUUGAUUGUGAAAACCAACAAACUUCAGGGAGAGAAUCAACGGUUGGAGGUUCGAGCUCAGGUGGCCCAGGCAUUCCUGUCAAAGUUCCAGCUGUCUGCCACUGAGAUGGCAACAUUACGUUCCGCACGAGAUGGUCCCAUCACUGAGGACUUCUUCAGAGCACUGAACCGUGUGAAGAACAUCCAUGAAGAUGUGAAGGUCUUACUGAGGACUAACCAGCAAACGGCAGGGUGGUACACACUGGAUGAAUUUGGAACAGCUCGGCGGUCUGCCGUGGUUCGAGGCUUUAUCGACGCCCUGACCCGCGGAGGACCGGGCGGUACCCCGAGACCCAUAGAGAUGCACUCUCAUGAUCCGAUGAGGUAUGUUGGGGACAUGUUGGCCUGGCUCCACCAAGCCACAGCCUCAGAGAAGGAGCACCUGGAAGCCUUGCUCAAGCAAGUUACCGUGCAAGGGGUUGAAGAAAACAUGCAGGAAGUAGUUGGCCACAUCACUGAAGGAGUGUGCAGACCACUCAAGGUCCGAAUUGAGCAGGUGAUCAUUGCAGAGCCCGGUGCUGUUCUUCUCUAUAAACUCUCCAACCUGCUCAAGUUCUACCAUCACACCAUCAGUGGUAUCAUGGGUACCAGUGUUUCCUCUCUGUUGAUGACCAUUGAUGAGAUGCACAUGCUCAGUAAGAAGAUGUUCUUCAACAGCCUUAGUAUUCACGCCAGUCGCCUCAUGGAUAAAGUAGAGCUUCCACCUCCUGAUCUGGGUCCCACUGCCUCUCUCACUCAGACUCUGUCUCUCCUUAGGGAGGUUUUGGCCUCCCAUGAUUCAUCAGUUCUGCCUCUUGAUGCCCGUCAGGCUGACUUUGCACAGGUAUUGUCCUGCAUCCUUGACCCAUUGCUGCAGCUGUGCACGGUAUCAGCCAGUAACCUGGGCACAGCAGAUAUGGCCACCUACAUGGUGAACUCCCUAUACAUGAUGAAGACCACACUAGCGCUCUUUGAAUUCACAGACAAACGCUUAGAAAUGCUGGAGUUUCAGAUUGAGGCUCACUUGGACACUCUAAUCAAUGAGCAGGCGUCUUUCGUGCUGACCAGAACUGGGCUUAGUCACAUCUACAGCUGUGUCCAGCAGCACACUGCAGAGCAGGGUCCCUUGGCCAACCUCCCUGGAAUGGACAGCACAUCCUUAAAAACAGCUAUGGUCCAGUUUGACCGUUAUUUGGCCUCUCCUGAUACACUUGUGAUGCCGCAACUCAACUUCCUGCUCAGUGCUGCUAUCAAGGAGCAGAUCUUCAAACAGUCCACAGAGCUGGUGUGUCGUGCGUAUGGAGAGGUGUACAAAGGUGUCACCAACCCUACAAAUGCCUAUAAAGAUGCAGAGUCUGUCCUGCACAGAACCCCACAGCAGGUACAAACCCUGCUGUCCUGAAAUGUGCCGCACCACAUCCUACAAACUGUGACAAGCAAGGAUUUGACUUCCACACUCAGUGUUCUGGGACUGAUACUGAAUUCUGGCCACAAGACAAGACCAUAUUCAAAUACUCAUCUGGUGAUGGGGAGGGGUUUAUCAUUUUUAAUCGUUAAUUAUGUGAAACAAAGACACUCCAGUGAUAAUGAGUAUAUACAGAAAAAUUAUCUGUCUAGAUUUCUCAAAUGUUGAUCUGCAGGCGCUGCUGUUUGCCAGAGGAGAGGAGAGGACAGCUCACAC